AAACUUUAAUAUUCAUUUCAAAGUUGAUCUUGGUUGUGAACAUUUAUAAACGUUUAAUUCAUUAGAUAGGCAAGAUGGAAAACUAUAGUGAUAAUCUUUACCCAUUGGCAUUGUUAAUGGAUGAAUUGAAGCAUGAUGAUGUUUCUAACCGAGUUGAAGCUAUGCAAAAAUUGGAUACUAUUGCUAUUGCUUUAGGUCCAGAAAGAACUUUAACUGAAUUGAUGCCCUUUUUAACUGAUGUUGCUCAAGAUGAUGAAGAAGAAGUUUUUGCUGUUUUGGCCGAAAAACUUGGGGAUUUUAUUCCUUUGGUUGGUGGUCAUCAAAAUUGUGAACCUUUAAUUCAAAUUUUAUCUUUAUUAGCAUCUACUGAAGAACCAAUUGUAAGAGAUACUGCUAUUGACUCUUUGCAUAAAAUCAGUCUUCAAUUAACUGAUGAUGAAAUUAAUGGUAUCUUUUUAAAUUUAAUUAAAACUUUAAGUUCUGGUACUUGGUUUUCAAGAAAAGUUAGUGCUGCUUGUUUAUUCAAAUCAGUUUUUGUUAAAGUUAGUCCAGCUACUAGAAAAGAAUUACUUUCCAUAUAUAUUAAAUUUGUUGCUGAUGAAUCUCCAAUAGUUAGAAGAAGUGCUGCUAAAAAUUUACCUCCUUUAAUUAAUCAAUUAACUACUUAUAGAAAAGAAAAUAAUAUUCCUGCUUCAGAAAUCGUCGAUAAUGAAUUUCCUUUUAUUUCUAAAAUGUUUAUUCAAUUAACUAAUGAUGAUCAAGAUUCAGUUAAAUUUUUAAGCAUCGAUAUCUUAAUUGCUAUUUUAGAAUUUUUCGCUUCGGUCAAUGAUACUAGUCAUAAUUCUGAUUGUUUAAAUAGAUCUUUGAAAUUAAUUGGUGAUGAUGCUUGGAGAGUUAGAUAUACUGCUGCUGAUAGAUUUAGUAGUAUUGCUAAAAAUUUCGAUGCCAAUGAACAAGAUUUAUUAAAAUUAAUUGAUCCUUUCAUCUCUUUAAUGAAAGAUAAUGAAGGUGAAGUUAGAAAAGCAAUUGCUCAACAAUUACCAGAUUUUUGUAAAUUAUUAACCAAUUUCCCCUCAACAAAAUCAACUAUUGAAUCAAAAAUUAUUCCUGUUGUUAAUGAUUUAAGUCAAGAUCCUCAAGAAAAUGUUAGAGCUUCUUUAGCUUCAACCAUAACUGGUCUUUCUCCAAUAUUAGCUAAACAAUCAACCAUAGAUAAAUUAUUACCAAUCUUUUUGAUCAUGUUAAGAGAUGAAUUCCCUGAUGUUAGAUUAAAUAUUAUUUCUAAUUUAUCAGUUGUUAAUGAAACCAUUGGUAUUAAUUUAUUAUCAACUAAUUUAUUACCAGCUAUUACUGAAUUAGCUCAAGAUCAUAAAUGGAGAGUCAGAUUAGCCAUUAUUGAAUAUAUUCCAAAAUUAGCUAAUCAAUUAGGUGAAUCCUUCUUCAAUGAUGAAUUAUUAUCCUUAUGUAUGUCAUGGUUAUGGGAUCCAGUUUUUGCAAUUAGAGAUGCAGCAGUUAAUAAUUUGAAAGAUUUAACUACAAUUUUUGGAUCUGAAUGGGCUAACAAUGAAAUUAUUUCCCGUUUAUUAAAUGUUAAAAAUAAUUCCAAUGAUGACAAAAUUGAUGAUGACAAUGAAAAUAGAAUUGAAUUUUCAAAUUUCAUAAUUAGAAUAACUUGUUUAUUUGCCAUCACUAAAUUAAUACCAGUCAUUAAUGAUAAAAUUAUCGUUCAAGAAAUCAUUCCAUUCAUUAAUGAUUUAAUCAAUGAUCCAGUUCCUAAUAUUAGAUUUAAUGUUGCUAAAUCUUAUCUUACUAUCGUUGAAGCAUUAGCUAAAGAUUCAAGCGAAGAUUAUUCUAAAUUAGUUAAUGUCGAUAUAUUAUCCAACUUGAAUACAUUAUCAAGUGAUUCCGAUGUCGACGUUAGGUUUUACGCUAGUAAAAGCAUUCAAAGCAUUAAUGAAAUUACUAGUAAUUAA